AUGACUGUUUUUGUCAAAGGAGUCUGGUGGCUUCGAAGAGAGGGCAGAUCACGGCUUCAGUUCCACGUCAGAAAGGCGGCCUACAGAGUCCUGGAGCAGCACCCUCAGAUCCUGGGCAGCAGGAUCGCCAUGUUGGGUCUUUCCUUAGGCUCCAUUGUCACCUUCAGAUUGGCGGUUUACUCCCAAGUUGUGAAGCUCAGGUGUGCAGUGUGUAUUAGUGGGAGUCAUGUGCAGCCGAUUGACAGACCCAUGGAACAGAUGAUGAGUUACUUUGAAGAAAACCAUGCGAAGAGUCGCUUUGACGAGAAUAACUAUUUGAUCUGCCGGGACCUGCUGCUGCCCAUCCCCACCGACCCCUCGCUCAAAGUGGACGUGGGGCGACUCCAGUGUCCUCUGCUGCUGGUGGUGGGGGAGGACGAUCAGAACUGGCCCGCGUACGAGUCUGCAGCGGACAUAAAGGAUAUGAUGGAGCGGGCGGGAAACAGCCACCUGCUGACUGUCCUGACCUACAAGAACGCCGGUCACCUGAUCGAACCUGCGUUCUCGCCGUUCAGCCGAUCCAGCGCCUUCAAAUCUAUCACCGCCGUAUCUCAGAAGAUGGUGGUUCUGUGGGGCGGAGAGAUGGUGACACAUUCUCGUGCUCAGGAAGACUCCUGGAGGAAGACGCUGGUCUUUCUGAAGGAGAAUCUGUACGGCGGCGAAUAACCUGGUGCAGCUUCAUUCUCCCACCAAGGCAACAACUCAUGAUUGUAGAGUCGCUCCGUGGGAAGAGCCACUUCUGCUGCUUCUGGAUCAGGAAGUAAAAUGUAUCUCCAUGAAUCAAUGAUGAAUAAUCUCGCUUUGAUGGGCAUGAACUACUCCUGGUUGAAUCAGAACAAAAGAUAAUCAGUAAUAAGUCCAAUGUAAUAAUAUUAAAGAGUAUUUAUAUAGGUGAUUUGAGGGGGGGGCUCCGUGUCUGUGUGUUGAUGAAUCUGUGGUGCUGAAGUAAGACGUGAAAUAAAGUCUUGUCUAAAUGAG